AUCGAUUCGGAUUGCACAUCAACCCACAAGAUGUCAUCUCCACAGGCCUCAAGGGGAGCAAAUGGUGGAGGAGGAUCAUCAAAUGGUGCGGCAGCAGGUUCUACAAAAGAUCUUUUGGCUGCCGCUCUGCAAGCCCGAAUUGCCAGUAAUAACUACAUUGCCCAUCUCAAAAUUUGGGAAUCUGUUGUGGAAGGAGGAUCAAGUCAACCACAAAGAAAAGCUCGUUACUUGAUCCUUGCCGUUCAAAGGGAUACAGGAAGAGUCACAAUCAACAAAGCCAAGCGAAAUGCAAACGGAAGCUUUAGCAUAGGAAAGGAUUGGGACCUCAAUCAACUUCGCGAAAUAUCGGUAGACCAACCAGAUGCCUUCACUCUAACACUUUCAAGAUCAUACAGCUGGGGUACAGAAAAGCCAAGAGAUCAAAUCUUAUUCUUGCAAUCGCUGGUAAAGGUAUUCCGCAAAUACACAGGUGAAGAUGGACCGAAAUGCAUUGGCUUUGAUAUGUCAUCUACCUCAUCACAAGGCGCUACUUCCACGUCUGAGUCCAAUACUGCGCCAGUGAGGAAGAACUCUGACGAUCCAAAGGCAUUGCAUCAGAUCAACACCUCCGUCGGCCACGCCAACGCUCGUAGCUCUCCACUUUCAGCCAGUAGUAGGCCAAGAGGAAACAGCAACCGAGAGCAACAGAGUCUCAGUCAAGGAAACUCGCCCAAUCUAUCAAGCAAUGAAUUGCCCACGAUGGAAGGUGGUGCAGGCAGAACGGACAAGCCAAUAAGAAUGGCACGUAGUCCCAGUCGAGUUCAUGCUAAGCUGGCAGCGGUCAUGGAGCGUUCUGCAACACCGACUCGCAAAGAUUCUCUUGAAAAUUCAAGUCCGGUCACUGUCACACCUUCAAAAGACAGAGAAACACCAUCGAUGGAGAAACCACCUCCACCCAAGAGACCUCCUCAAGCUCGUACUCGAUCGAGCGAGAGUGUGCGAUCUUCCCUUUCGGCACCUAAUGGUGGAGAUGCUCGUGCUCGUUUGAGUUCGAUCGAGCCAGUACGUGGUGGAGCAGCAUAUGAAAAGAUGCUUUUGGCAGGCACAGGAUUGACUGGAGUGGCUGAAGGCGAUGAAGAUGAAGAUGAGGACGAAGAUCCGUAUGGUGGGGCAGAUAUCAGUGAUGUUGGCGGUGUAUCUGACAUUCUACCACGCACACCAAGUAAGAAAAAGAUGACGAAAUUAAACGAAAAAGAUGUCCAAGACGCAAAAACGAUACGAUCAGAAGUAUUACCCGAAGAUGAUGAGGACGCUACGUUGAUGAAUGUUGAGGAGAUGUUGGAAGGAUUCGAAUUCAGAAGCACAGGUGCAGGUUCGGCUAAAUUUGGCACACAUUUCCAACAAGGCCUUGUUCGUGGAGUUGGGACUGGAAAAGGUACUGCAGACAUCAUUGAAGCUAGAUUGCUGGAUGAAUUGGCAGCUCUUGAUGCUGCUAACAUCCAUGCAAUCAUUGAAUCAGAUGAUCGAGUCAACUUCGUCGUUCAACACAUCGAACAAGCCUUGCGUGAGCUGGAUAUUAUUGACAGCAUGAUUGCCGGAUACAAGAUGCAACUCAAUGCACGAGACGAAGAUAUCAGCCAUAUCGAAAGUCAAAAUAGAGGUCUACAGGUACAGACAAGCAACCAACGUGCACUCUCUGCUGAGAUUGAGAAAUUGCUGGAUACCGUUCAUGUUGACGAGCGUGCGGUUGAUGUCUUAUUGGGCAGCGAAAUGCAAAGUGACGAAGGUAUUGGUGAACUCGAAAUGGCGGGAGCAGCUUUGUACAAAGCCAUGCUGCAAGCACGUAGAACCCAAGAAGAUUCACAAAACGGCGAUCCAUCUGCUGCCGGUCUUGCCGCUGCUACUGAACGCUUGGAAGAAUACUCGACAUUGGCAGAUCGAUUCGCCAAACGAUUACUUGAAUUCCUCACAUCCACAUUCAAUGAGCAGACGUAUGCGAUCUUAAACGAUCCCGCUCGUAUUCGUGCAUUGAAGCCGCCAAACGCAAUGCUUACGGAUCAUUCUGUGGUGGAGAUCGUCUUGGGACGAUACUGUGGUCUUUUGCUGUAUGCCAAAGAAGUGAGCCCAAACUACUUCUCUCGCAUCUCAGCAGCCUAUUUCGCCAGCGCAAGUGAACGAUACAAAUCUGAAAUGACAACAUUGAUCAACGUUUGCAAGAACAGCAUCGCCAAUGUUCCCGAAGAUGAAGUUGCUGAGGCAAGCUUCAUUCCAGCUGGUACAGCAAUGCGCAGCAACACAAUUCGACGACCAAAUCGGGAUCGUGGCAAUAGAAACAACAAAGGUGGCUCAGGUGAGAUGUCUGGGUCAGAAGCAUUCGCUCGGAUCUUGGCUUCGGUCACACCGCUUGUUGCUAGAGAACAGGUAUUCAUUGCAGACUUGCUCCACAUCAACAACAAUGCCAUCACGUUUGCCGAUUAUAUGGAUCUAGAAGCAUACUUCCGCAGAAGGGCAGCAGCAAUCUUUGGAGGGGCGUCACUCUCUGGUCCAAUCAAGAAUAUGAAAGAUGCGUUGGACCUCAUCUUUGGUUUCUUAGCACCCGAGUGGCAAGCGUUAACAGAUGGUAUCUUAGCCCGAGACAAGACGCAAAUUGUUGGUAUUCUUGCCGCUUUGGAUCGUGGUAUGCUUGAUGCAGAAGAGGUGAACAGUGAGUUCCUAUUGCGCAGCUUGAGUAAGUUACAAACUCGCUUGAGUUCACAAUUAGAGAAAUACGUCAACGAGCAAAUACGUGGAAUUGAGCAAACAAAGCUCACUGCCAAAAAGAGGAAAGGUGUGGUUCAUUUCAUCAAAGCAUUCCCAGUAUUCGUUGAUCGUAUCGAAGCACAGAUCGUCAAUGGUGAGACCCUGCAAAUUCGUGCAGUGAUUGACAACUAUUAUGAUCAACUGUGUUCACGAAUGUUUGAUGCCCUUCAGACGAUGGCGAUUCCAAAGAUUGAAGGUGGAACAUUUAGUACAUCCAAUCAGGAUGAAGACAAAGGGCUUCUCAACCAUCAUGUGAUCUUGGUGGAAAACAUGUUCCAUUUGGUAAAGGGUAUCACACGCAUUCAAACGCAACGAAGCACACAAGCUUUGAAUCCUCAAUUGAAACGUGCGCAAGGCAUCUUGGAUGAAGCAUUGAAUUCUUACGUACAAAGUGCUUUACGUCGUCCGUUGGGCAAGAUGGUAGACUUUGGUGAUGGCAUUGAUGCACUUUUGCGAUCAACUCCGGCCAAUGAAGUAUCUUUGCACAGCGCAUACAGCAAGCAAGCGGCAAAAAGACUUGUUAAAGAAUUCAGCGCAAAAGAUAUCCGUAAGGCCAUCGAAGCACUUUCGAAACGUGUUCAAAAGCACUUUGAUGAAGAUGAAAUUACGAUUCUUGCUUCGCAGGAUACUGGUUCUGGAGGCAAUCUUUUCGAUGGAAGCGGAAUUAGUGCUGAUGAGAUCGUGGAAGUGCUUUCCGUUGUUUGGCGUCACUGUGAAGAUGCAUUCACACAUGAAUGUGAACGGUUGAUGAGAAUCUUGAAGGAGUGCUAUUUGGACGGUAAGCUGUUGGCAGAAUUUACCAUGGAAGACGUUCGCAGGCCAUUCGCAAGCAAUUCACCCGCUGGCCGCAGGAGAUGA